AUACAUCCCUGAGGCAGGUAGGCGAUAGCUUAUUUGUACCAUUACACACCCAUAUUUCAUUUCUUCAAUGGCAACAGAUAAAUUAACGAAACGUUUAUGCUAUGAAAAAGAAAAACAAAAUACAUUUUGAACAGUCAGUCAAUAGAAAAGAAGGUAAUAAGAAAAGAUCAUGCAUGAUUUUGAAGACGCCAGUGUAUCAAUUGAGUAGUAAAAUGUGAUGCACCGUCAGCUGUAACUGUGGAUACGCUUGAACGGAUUCCCUUAAAUCGACAAUUAAGUAUACAUAAAUAAAAUGUAAGCGUCUCUUUUUAAUUUCUGCCACGUCAAAUGUAUUACCUUAUAGGCUAAAAUAUGUCAUGACUCGUUUAUUUCUGAAAUGAUAUGGGAACCAUGAAUAAAGUGUUUUUGAAAUGAAGGCAGAGAUUUAAGUCAGAAUGUCGUUAACGAAGAAAGAACACAAUGCUGUAUCUACCUAUACCUGGGUGGAGAUGGUAUGACAUAUGGAAAAUCCACAAAUCUAUAUAUAAAUAGCAUAGUAAGGCGUGAUUUGUGUGGAGCCUGCUAUUCAUACUACAACCACUGAAGGAGGUGGACAGCGAAGAUGGCUGACACCGGACCAGUGAGAGAGAGAAUGCAUUUUGAAGAGAAGGCCAACAGGAACAACCAAUGUACCGGAUCCUGUACACAAGGCAUCAACAAACUAUUGCUGGUACUGGUAGUCUGUUUAGCAGUCGUUACACUUAUUGUAAUUGCGAUUCUGAUAUGGAGGGAAAACAAAGAUGAUAGACGCAUCUCUAGAAAUAACCUGAACAAAUUCUACCCCGGGUAUUUCCGAACAAAAGCAGAACAAUUGGAAUUCGCGAACAAAUCAGUCAUCUAUGUCCCAGUCAAGGAAACCUUCACAAGCCCCCUGAGUUGCGGUUUGGAAUGUCUCCCGAAUGUUAUCAUAUAUAACAGUACCACAACACCGGGACCAGUAAAUAGGGGGCGCAGAUCGGCACCGGAUAUCACAUACAACGGCUGCUGCCAGUCGAACACCUUCUUCAUCAGUCCAGUUUUCAAGAUAAAUUUGUUUGGCGUAUCGCGCGAGUUUGUCUCACUACAGAACGCACGACAGUUUUUCCAGACCGGAAGUUGCCAAUUUGCAAUCGGCUGUACGGGUUGUACUUGUAUGAUGUCACAGGAGAUUGACACCGCAGUUGUGUAUAAACCAGGUGAGAAUGGUGACACAGCUGAUGACAUAGACGAUACAGAAAUUGACACGUUCUACUUUGAGAAAUGUUGUAAAUGUAUCAAUGUUGGGACAUAGAUCUAAUCAGAUAUUGAGGAAUCCGGCCCAGUGUGUGAGGUUCCAUCCCGAAAGGAAAUAAUUUAUCAACGUUACUUCGAUCAGCACAUCCGCGAUUAUUAAGUUGGAAUAUAUGAGGGGUGCGAGAAAAUUUAGGCAAAUCUUAACAAAUGCCGCUUCGUUCGGAGUAAACGCCAACCCCUUCGCAGAACCUGGUUUUGCUCCCUUUUUCUAUCCUUUUUCAAAUAGUUCGUGAUGAUCGUCUGAAUCGGCUUGACAACGUUAUCAAUUAUCAACUAUAUUCGUCUCGUUGAUUGUUUUCAGUCUGCAUAUCUAACUUAAAUGAUACACAAUCUUCGCAAGAUUUGGCAAUACAUAUUGCAAAUCACUUUGUUCCCAAAAUAAUGGAGACACGAUAUAUAAAUUAAUCGCACCCCUUAUCAUCAGUACAUUAAUUGUCCUCGCAUGAUUUGAUUAUAUAUACACAUUGCAAACCAGUUUGUUCACACAAUUAAUUCGUACCCGUUACCACAUCCUCGAUACUUCAGGGGUUGUGGUCACUUUUCGCUCUGUGCCUAGUGUACAUGAAAAGGUCAGAUUUGUCUUCUCGUCUCAUAUAUAAGGUGGUACACACCGAGCUUUCAAUUUUGCUUUGAAAUAUCAGUGUGCAGAGAGCGUAACGAGUAUCUAGGAUGCCGUUACCAUAACAAAAAUGUUUUCGCAAGAUUUGACUAUAUAUAUAUAUGCAUAAUUAGAAUGCAGAAUCAGGAAAUACCCUUAGACUGAUAUUCGCUCAUCUUACCAUAAUAUUAUAAUGGUAAAAUGUAAGAGAUAUCCAACUGGACAAUUACGAAAAUCAAAGUAAAAUAAUUUUGUGACCCAGUUUUUUUCUCUCUCGUGCUUAAACUUUGAUUUCCGAUUUCAUCCUAGUGGUACGCCUAGUAAGUCAGUGAAGCUGAAAGUUGAUGUGUAAUAAAAACAAGCGAAAGAUACAUUUUUUUUAUUUCAUAACUUUGUUUAUUUCAAAUAAAUCCACUACAGUAAUAAUGGCAUUACUAUAUACAGAGAAACAGGCUGUAGUGCCGCACGACUCCCCGUAACUAAUUUGUCUACAUGCAUAAACGUUUGAAUUCGACACAUCCCAUUCCUGACGGACUGUAGACAAAAAUAACGAUGUCGAUCUCGUCAUAAACGGGUGUAGUUACACAGAGCAGUUACAACCAGUACUGUGAUACUAUUACCACCGGUCUUAGUACCAAACAUCGAAGUAGUAUAGCGACGACUGUGAUAUGAUAGCGUUUUCAACCUAUCC